AUGGCUUUCAAGGCGAUUCCAGCGCAACGGCGUUACUGUGCGAUACUCUUAGUGGCUCUCGCUCUAGCAGUAUCCAUCAGUGACGCAUUGCCCACGACGAACUCGAAGACCUUCGUCGCAAGCGCCCCCAGUCUUGAUCAAGCCGUAACCCAAACUCAUCGGCACCUGCGGGCUUACGAAGACGGCGUCAACUCGGAAGAGAAAGGUUUCGAGGGGAUUACGAAACUUGCGAAGAUGCUGAGCCCGAACAAACAAGAAGCGGCCGACAAACUCUUCAUAAAUCUGAAGCUGCAGAAGGAAGCGCCUGACCUUUUCGGGAGCCCGAAGUUCCAGACGUGGAUGAAAUCCAUCCAGAAAUCCUACAAGAAGACCCCGGAGGCAGCAGAUGCGGCGAUGGUGGUCACGUUGAGAGGCCAAUGGGGUGAUGAAAAACUCGCCAAGGUGCUUCAGAGCGCCAUGGGGUCCAGCAGUACGAAGGCGAUCGCUGCAAGACUAGAAGACGUGCAGUUCAAGAAAUGGAUUGGCGAGGGGAAAACUGCAGACGAUGCGUUCAAUCUGCUAAAGCUGGACGAGAAGGCAAACGAUCUCUUGAAGAAUCCAGUCGUGAAAACGUGGGUGUCUUACGUCGAAAAGCUCGAUGUGAACCCAUACGAGUUGCUUCUUGCAAAGUUGGAAACUCACCACACCGCUGCAGGUCUAGCUCGCACACUUCUCGUCGCGAGGCAAGACUACACUACACGGUCGAUCGCCGGGAAAUUACAGGAAGCCCAACUUGAGAGGUGGUCGCGUAAAAAGAGAAGCGCGGACUACAUUUUCAAGCUCUUGCAACUCGACAAAGAGGGCGAUAAACUGUUCAAGAACCCGGUGCUUGGCACUUGGGAGUCGUACGUGACGAAGCUGGACGAGAAGAACGCUAACGAGGCCAUGUUGGCGGUGCUAAAGAUCCACUACAGCGACGAAAAGAUCGGGCCCAUGUUCACGGUGGCGAAGACAAGCGGCAGUGCGAGUUCUGUUGCCGCCAGAUUGGAGCACCCGCUGCUCAAAGCAUGGGCGAAUGACGGCAAGGAUGCAGCUGACGUGUUCACACUUUUCCGCCUCGACAAGGAAGGCGACAAGCUUUUUGAGAACCCGCAGUUUGCUACUUGGGCCUACGACAUCAGUCGCCAGGGCCGGGAGAAUCCGAAUAAGGUCAUGCUGUCCGUAAUGAAGGCGCACUACAGCGAUGAGAGCCUGGAAAAGAUGAUGUUGAAGGCAACGCACUUGAGCAACUCAGCCAUCGUCUCUCAGCUGCGGAGUGAACUGUGGCUGAGCCAAGGAAAAACUGUCGACAAGGCCUUCCAACUUUUCAAACUGGACGAAGCGGGGAAGAACUUUUUGGAAGAUCCAGGUCUUGGCUCCUGGGUCUCUUACGUGACGACUCUGUCCAAGGCAAAGAAGUCGGAUGAGUUUGCGGCCAUUUCGUUCUUGGCCGAUCGUUUCAGAGAUUUUGAGCUUGCAAAGAUGCUUUCGGCUGCGAAAAUUAAAAAUUCUGGUGGCAACAAUCGAGUCAUCGAAGAAUUACAGACGCUGCAGUUCAAGAAGUGGUGGGAGGAUGGUGUCACGCCCCGCGACAUCUCGGAUAUGGUGACAAAACAUUUCGACACGAGGGGCACAGGAGUGGUUCUCGGCUACCACGACUUUUACAAGGCGAAACCUGUAGUGGAUCCGCUCUAA